AUGAAGUCGCAGUACACGAAAGGCCUCAUGAACGAUCUCCAUGAAUGUUGCAGGAUCAUCGCGCACACCGCGGAUGACCCCGUGCGGUCGCUGCAGACGUUACUCGCGAUGUGCGUGAACGUGUACGAACACCCGGACGACGAGAGAUACCGACACAUACGGCUCUCGAACGACCGCUUCCACAGGAGGGUGUGGGACGUCCCCGGGGGCAGAGACGCCUGCGAUAGGCUCGGAUGGGUCGAGACCGUUCAGCAUGACGGCGAGCCGUGCGUGAUCCUCCCCUGGAACGAGAAGGUCCCCGGGGCCGUCUGUAAGUAUCUGCGGCUCGCGAUAGAGGACGCGCUGUCGGACGCCGAGGCCGACUACGACGACGACGCCGAGGCCGACUACGACGACGACGCCGAGGCCGACUACGACGACGACGCCGAGGAGACGCCGGCGCCGCCGUCGUCGCCGAUGGGCUACCGGAACGAGUCCUCGCUUCGAACCAUCGACGAUGUCGCUCCGCUCCCGAGCCGGGACGCCGCGGAGCCCGAGUCGCAACUCGAGAGGAUGAGGCGCGCGCGCGAGGAAGAGCGCCAGCGCUUCGCGACGCUCCUCUCCGUGGAUAAGACUUCCGCGGCGCCGCCGCCGCCGCCGCCGCCGCCGUCGUCGUCGCCGCCGCCGACGCCGACGGGCCACCGGUACGCGUCCUCGCUUCAAGGCAGCGAGGAGAUCAUCUUCGCGAGCCGCGAGACCCCGGAGCCCGGGUCGCCGCGGGAUCGAUACCUGCGAGAGCUCGAGGAGACGAGGCGCGCGCGAGAGGCGGAACGCGAGCGCGUCGCGACGCUCCUCGCGAACGAUCAGAGGUGCGAGGUUCCGCCGUGGUGCAUCACCGCCACCCAUCGCGCGUUUCCGCUCACGCGCAGCCGACGACACUCGUUUGAGAACAUCCCGAGCGACGCGAUCCACGACGAGACGCCGCGGCGGACGCGCGCGUUCGUGACGACCGACGGGGCGCGUCACCGCUCGCCGCCGCCGCCGCCGCGGCGGCGGUCGCGCGAGCGGUCCGAGACUGACUCUGAGCGCGUUUCUUCCCGCGUCUCGAACUCGACGCAGGGAGCGCGCGGCGUCGCGGCGUGA